CAGUCCCUCCCAGUGCUCCCAGUGACCCCAGUAUCCCCCCCCAGGCCAUGUGCCUCCAGCUGGUGACGGCCCUGGCCGCGGUGGCCGGCGCCGCCUGUUCCCUGCUGGCCGAGGGCUCCGGCGCCGCCGCCGUGUCCGGGAUCCUCCCCUUCACCGCCGGCGGCUUCAUCUACCUGGGCACGGUGUCCGUCAUCCCCGAGAUCCUGCGGAAUUCCGGCGCGGGGCCGGCGCUGCUGCAGCUGCUGGCGCUGCUGGCGGGCGUGGCCAUGAUGCUGCUCAUCGCCCACUACGAGUAGGGGGGGGGGGGGGAGAAUUCCCGGGAAAACCCCUCCUUCCCGAGCCUCCGGGUCCCGCGGGAGCGGCCCGGGGUCCCCGUGGGAGCAGCCCGCCGGGAAUGGGAGCCGCCAUUCCCAAAAUUCUCCCUGAUUCCCGCCCCAAAGCCCCUCCAUU